AUGGUCGGCCGUGCCUCUCGCCUACAAAUCUGCGUUAAGGAACCCAUCUGCUUAGUCUGGUCCGGAGUCCAUAGUAUUGUUGGCAGUAGACGCCGACACGACGAGAAUUUGCGACAACACGUUUACGAUGACUUAAGCGAUGAUUCGCAGAACCCGAUUUUACAUUGGGGUCAACAGAUGGCGAAACCGGAUAAGAGCAUUCGCGAUAGCUUCUUGCCAUACCAUGCUGGAGGCUUCAGUCAUUCUGACUGCCGUUAA